CAAUAUUUUGAUGAUAUCUAAAUAAUAAUCAUAACAGUAACUUUUGUAUUAUUUAACGUGUUAGUUAUAUCAAUUGGAAAUAGUAUUAUAUAACCUAUUGAGUUACGUGUUAUUUUUUUUUAAAUGAAGAUCAUUAGAUCACGAUAGUUAAAAAUAUCCGCUUAUAAAUGCAAUUUAAAAUGUAAAUCAACAACAACCAACCCGAAUUUCUGUCAAAUGAAAACGUGACCUAGUAAAAGUGACAUAUUUGCAGAGAUUCGUGACCCAUGAGGCCACGAACAGGGCUUCUGAAAGUUUAAAAAUAGUUAAAUAGUUGGUAAUGAAGUACCGAAUAGCUUAUCUUAAAUUACAGCUCCGAAAUUGUUUGUUUAUAAAUUUCUAUUACUGAAAGAGAAAAGUGAUUUACAUAUUUUAGUCACAAUAAUUUCGAAAUAUGGCUUCAAAAGUAACACUGUCCCAGGCUCUGGGUACAGAUGGAAGUGACUUUAAUCAUAGACAAAAAAUCGCUAGUCACUAUCAAAUCAGUGCAACAAAUAAAUCAAGACUGAAAUAUUGCAUAUUUUUUCAUUAUCUUCUUUUCUUCGUUAUGCUUGCCAAGUUAUCAGCUGAUAUUUUAGAUCAUUUGGACAUAUUCAUUUUAGAAAUUGAAGAAUUGCAAGUACCUCAGCCUCUUUGGUGGGAAUACAUCUGGUGCGCAAGUUUAAUGUUAAGCUUCCUUGCACUAUCUGCUAUUAAAAGAAACAGAGUUAAAACAUUACGGCAAUAUAUGAUAGGCAUCAUUUUAUUAGGAUAUGGUCCAUUGCUUUAUGCAGUCAUAUACUAUUUUAAAGACGUAUGGAAAUAUUUAACUGUUGGAAAGUCAGAUGAAAUUCAUUUCUGGCAGGGCCUACCAUAUGGAUUAUUAUGGUAUGCAUUUAUUCUAUUGGCUUCACAAGUACAUACAUUUUCUUUGUUUUUCUCUUGGAAUCUAUUAGUAGCAUGGAAAACACGAGGAAGUAAAAAAGCAGAUUAAUUCAGCCACAAAGCUAUAAAAAAUUCAUGCAUAUCUGUGAAUAUUGUCAAUUACGUAUAUUUUUAUUUGUAAUAAACAAAGAUACAUAUACAUAA